AUGUCCGACACCGAAAUUGCAGCUUCUGACGUCGAGUGUAACGGUGAAUCAGUUCAAAAACAGUCUGCUCCGUUUACAGAUGAACAGAUGCAAAUGGAGAUUAAAUGCAAGACGAGUGAUGGAGGUGUGAUCAAUGUUCGUGUUUCGCAUCUUCUUCAAAGCAGCGUUUUUAUGAAUAUGUGGAAGGAUUUAGACAUGUCGCCUAAGGAUCUGGAAGAAUUCGAGUUUAAAGUAAAUGUGGAGACUAAUAUUUUCUCAAAGGUUGUUGAAUGGAUGGGAGAACACAUUGGUAAGCCUGAUCCGAAAAUUGAAGAUGAUCCAGCCACACGUCAAAGAAAGGCGCUCACUUUUUCUGAAUAUGAGACGGAUUUUUUCAAGGUCGGCGUUGAGGAGAUUGCUAAUUUGAUUAAGGCUGCCAACUAUCUGGACAUUAAAUCUCUGUAUUAUUAUGGAUGCCAGGCUAUGGCUAAUUUUAUUGGUAAUAAGACUCCAGAAGAAAUUCGAGAACUUUUUGGACUUGAGGAUGACUUGACGGAAGAUGAGAAGGCUGACAUCAGACGUCGGAAUAUGUGGUGUAACUAUUAA